GCCGCGUCCCCGUGAACGGCCACCCGCCCCCAAGGCCGCUUUGGCAGGAUCGAGGCGGGGACGAUUUCAGAAAUCCAGCUUUUGAUUUUAGAGAUGCUGUUUUGAAGGACACCAAAGCCUACAGAAGAAAAAUAAAAACUUCUGGCCUUGCGCGCUUCGCUCUUAGGUUUCCUGGAGCCACUCGAGGGACAUCUGGACUUGGGAGAGAUCCUCUUCCUGGCUUUCAAGUGCGGUCAUGGUUGCGGCUUCUCUGUUGGCCAGGGACUGAGAUCCAGAAACUUGGUGCACAUGGACCUUUGGGUCUCUGCGUGAGGCAGGCGUGCUCUCCUGUAUCCUGAGGAAGGAUUCCAAAGCCAAAAACUUAAGACUCUCAGACUCUCUGUGCUCCUGGAUUCCUGGGCCACACAGCUUUGAACAAACUUACAGCAGCCUCUUGACUCUGGUGAGAAAAGGACUUCUCCUUAUGACCAUCUCCUCAGCCAGCCCUCAACUCAACUCCACCCCAGGAGAAGCCUCUAUCGGUUCCUGACCUGGUCGCUGCGGUCUGAGGACAGGUUGCUUCCUGAAGGAUCUCUGUGUGUUCAAAACAUAAUCAAAAAAGGCCUCCUGCACACCAGGCCAGUGCUGUGCCGCUGAGCCCCGCCUCAAGCCCUCCCAGGAAGUGUUCUGAGCUCCUGCACCGGGAGCCCCAUCGCCAAGGCGUCUGUCCAAGAAGCCUGCAGAGGGCUGAGAGGCAGGCUUUGAAGAGGCCCAGCUCCUCCUCAACGUGUAUCUCCAGCCCCUGCAGACAGAUGGCCCUUGUCUUCGUGUACGGCACCCUGAAGCAAGGCCAGCCCAACCACAAAGUCUUGCUGGACUGCGCCAAUGGCUUUGCAGCCUUCCAGGGUCGAGGACGCACAGCCAAGCCUUACCCCCUGGUGAUUGCUGGUGAACACAGCAUCCCCUGGUUGCUCCACCUCCCGGGCAGGGGCCACUCUGUGCUGGGCGAGAUCUACAGGGUGGACGAGCACAUGCUGUGCUUCCUUGAUGACUUUGAAGGCUGCCCUGACAUGUACCAGCGCACCAAGGUGCAGGUGGAGGUGCUUACGUGGGAGGGCGAGGGCUUCCCGGGGGACAGCGUGCAGUGCUUUUUGUACAGCACGGCCACCUACCCGCCCGAGUGGGUCCACCUCCCCUACCACGAGAGCUAUGACUCGGAGGGACCCCAUGGGCUGCGCUACAACCCACGAGAAAACAGGUGAGAAGGGCCGGUGGGGCCACGGUGAGGAGAGGGCACUCUGCUGGGAGACCUCAGCUCAGUCUGUACCUGAAUGCUACAGCAGACUGGUGCCCUUUUCAACAGACAUUUGCAAAACUCAAUUGGGAAAAAAGAAGCCAAUCUGUCUUUUAGUGGAAUCGAUUUUGCAAAUAAUUUUGACAUCCCAACAGCAAGAUCAUACCCCUGAAUCUUUCCACCCAGUACCACCUCAUUGCUUGCUGCUUUAAGGGCCUCAUGGGCUUCUGAAUGUACUAGAGGAGGAAGCCUCUGGAUCUGAAUUCCCCUGAGUGCACCUGGAGAACUCAUAUGCUCUCCUGCUUCCCUCCACUCUGCUGUCUUCUGAUGAUGAUGUCCUCAGUGACCGGAAAGAUGGCUGCCGUCAGGUUGGCAGCUGGCUGAAUUGAUUCUAGCCUGUAGCACCAAUAAAGGAAAUCUGAGUAAAUACUUAUUUUGGGUGGUUCAAUAUAAUAAUAAAAAAAAUAAAGAAAAGCAUGCUGUACUGGAAA